CUGUUUUAUAGGGUUACAGAUGAAAAUGCCAAAAAUAGUGAACUUUUUCUUGUGGGAAUGAUUUGCUACACAAGCCGACAUUACUGUGCCUUUGCCUUUCACACCAAGAGUUGCAAAUGGGUGCUGUUCGAUGAUGCUAAUGUAAAAGAGAUUGGAACAAAAUGGAAAGAUGUGGUCUCCAGGUGCAUUCGAUGUCACUUUCAGCCAUUGUUGCUAUUUUAUGCGAACCCAGAUGGCACAGCUGUAUCUCCAGAAGAUGCUCCAAAGCAGAUUAUUCACUGGUCUCAAUGCAAAGCAGCGGGAGCAAUUGGGGAAGACUUGGGAUUUGAAAAGCAUUCUGCUCCUAAAUCAGACCCCAUGAAAGAGAAUGGAAUUGGAGACCCCACUAAUCAGAGGAGUAAUAAAAAACUUCAGCCAGAUAAUUCAGCAUUCAGUCGAAGCCAUAUUCAAGCUAGUGGUGGUAGAGGUCCAGCUAAGUUAUGUUACAGCGAUCAAAAAGACAGGCUAAAGGAUAUAUCCAGAGAGUGUGCUCAGAAAGCUGCUGAUAUGAAAAACUUCACAUCUUUACGAAAAGAUGCAGACAGAGGACCAAGAAGAGAGUCUGGGAGACAAAGAGAUUUGAUUGGGGAAGAUCGUUCCAAUUUUAAGUCAGGGUCUCCUCCAGUUGGAAAUGGACUUAGACACUGUGCUGAUCAGCGCAUAUACAGCAGCCAGGGAAAAGGCUCCUAUAAGCAUGACAAUGCACCUCCCCAAGCAAAGCUUUCUGUACAGGUGCUUGGAUCAAAUAAACCAGAAGCUUUUCCUGUUGGGGAGAAACCAAUGAUGAGGACCCGGACUGAUGGUGUCACAGGCUACGAUACAGACACCAGUCAAGAUGCUAGGGACAAAGGAAGUGUCAGCAGCAGCAAAAGCAGAAGUAAAGGUUGGAAACCUAUGCGAGAGACCCUAAACGUAGACAGCAUUUUCAGUGAGACGGUGAAAAAGCAGCAUAGCCCAAAGCACAAGGCAAAUCCUAACGCUAAAUCUAAGCAUGAAAAGGAGCGAAGCUUUAACCAUUGGCCAAGAGAGAACCAAAUCCAGAAAGGUUUAAUGACUAUAUAUGAAGAUGAAACAAAACAGGAUACAGGAAGUCGAAGUUCACUGGAUUCGGAAGGAAAAGGGAAUGCUGAAAAAAGCAAAGGAUUUACAGAGAGAAAAAUCCAUGGUGAUAACUGGCAAAUUCAGAGGACAGAAUCCGGCUAUGAAAGCAGUGAUUACAUCAGCAAUGGAUCUGCAAAUCCGGACUCACCUGUUAUUGAAGGAAUCAACCCAGCAGAUGUCAAGAAUGUUAAAGAAAGUGCUUCCUGCAGGAAGGAAUUGGCAGGGUGUUUGUCAGCUCCCUACCUAGAUUGCGAACAGAACUUGUCAACCAAAAAAGCUGACAAUGUGUUACAUUCAGUAUCCCAGCAGAACAGAAACUUUUAUGACUUGAGGAAAGACCAGGUCAGUUCAGAAGUUAACUACAGACCUCAUGUUAAUUUCCCGACAGAAUUACAUUUGCAGGUGCCCAGUCCUCCAGUAAAGAGAGCUGAAAUGCCUGAGACCAAUAGGAAACUCUCCCCAUCAUCAGCUCUACAGCCAGUUCUUAAAGAUAUUGUUAAGUCAGAAAGUAGGAACAAGGCAAACGAACAGAAUUCUUCAGAGUGGCUUAAUCCAGACAAGUUUGAGAAGAUGAAUGCGUCCAUAUAUUGUGCUGAUGGCGUACCCCACCCCUAUACAGAAAACGUCUGUGGAAGGAAGGUGAUCAACAAUGACUUUCACUCCUCUUCCCAGCCGCAGUUUCAUCACGCAAGAACGUUUGGUCCCAAGGUGGGGUUGUCACCUUGUGUGCCACAGAACCUGUCAGAAAGGCCCAUGGUGCUUCCCCCUCCCGGUGAGCAUGCCGGGCACCCACUCCGAAGGGCGGAUGCUCUUUGGGUGCCUGAAGCAGUGUACCAGAAUCUUCCUCCCCCUUUACCGCCAAAGAAAUAUGCUCUGAAUACGUUGCCACCGCCAGAAAAUAACUUGGCAGCUGAUGUAAAAUCAACAGAAGUGUUGCAAAAUACUCCGUUAAGGCAAACAGGUACACCUUUAAAAUCUGCAUCAGAAGCCAGCGUAUUUACAAACGAACAAAGGCUUAAAGAGCCGUUUCAAGGGAAUGAACUGUUUGUUCAUAAACCGGGUUCUCCGCCUCGUUUAUCAGUGAAUGACUUUUGGACUGUGUCUGAAAACUUUUUAAAGAAAGGAUCUCGUCAUACAGGACCAAGUGCUGGCUAUGUGGAUGGAAACGAUAGUGUAUCUCUAACGACUUAUUUUUCAGUAGAUAGUUGUAUGACUGACACAUACAGGAUGAAAUAUCAUCAGAGACCCAAGCUGUAUUUUACAGAUAGUGGAAGCUUUCACAAAGAAAAGCAUCCUCCAUCAGCUGGAGUAGAACUGAGUGCUACAUACCAUGCCACUCUUGAGCCCAGGCAUCCCACAUCCGAGCAAAGGUACGAGGCAAAUGUAGAAGGCAUGCACUGCAGUAGAUAG